AUGAUGUUUCGCGACCAGGUCGGCGUGCUGGCCGGUUGGUUCAAGGGCUGGAACGAAUGCGAGCAGACGGUCGCUCUCCUCUCCCUGCUGAAGAGGGUGAGCCGCAGCCAGGCGCGCUUCCUCCAGCUCUGCCUGGAGCACUCCUUGGCCGACUGCGCCGAGCUGCACGUUCUGGAGAGCGAGGCGAACAACCCCGGAAUCAUUAACCAGUGGCAGCAAGAAUCAAAGGCCAAAGUGAUUUCUCUCCUGCUCACGCACCUGCCUUUGCUGAAGCCGGGCAACAUCGAAGCGAAAGUGGAGUACAUGAAGCUGCUCCCGAAGAUCCUGGCCCACUCGAUCGAGCACAACCAGCACAUCGAGGAGAGCCGGCAGCUCCUCUCCUACGCCUUGAUACACCCCGCCACGUCCCUGGAGGACCGGAGCGCCCUGGCCAUGUGGCUGAACCACUUGGAGGACCGCACGUCGGGGACCUUCGGCGGCCAGAACCGAGGCCGGUCCGACUCGGUGGAUUACGGGCCGUCGCACUAUUAUCACCAAAGACAGAACUCGGACGAUAAGCUGAACGGGUGGCAGAGCUCGCGGGACUCCGGCAUAUGCGUGAACGCCUCCAGCUGGCAGGACAAAAACCUGGGCUGCGAGAAUGGCCACCUGCCCCUCUAUUCCUCCUCCUCCGUCCCCGCAACCAUCAACACGAUCGGAACCAGUGCAGGGACAAUUCUCUCGAGCCAGACUCACCACAGCCCCCUGAAGCGGUCUGUAUCCCUUACCCCGCCCAUGAGCGUGCCCAGUCAGCCUCUAGGGCACGGAUGGAUGUCUCAUGAGGACUUGCGUGCCAGAGGAGCCCAGGGCCUCCCUUCCGAUCACGCGCCCCUCUCUCCUCAAAGCAGUGUAGCCUCUUCGGGAAGUGGUGGGAGCGAACAUUUAGAAGAUCAGACUUCUGCUCGUAACACAUUCCAGGAAGAAGGGAGUGGUAUGAAAGAUGUUCCCGCCUGGCUGAAGAGUCUCCGCCUCCACAAGUACGCCGCCCUUUUCUCACAGAUGACGUACGACGAAAUGAUGGGCCUGACUGAGUGUCAGCUUGAGGCACAAAACGUUACCAAAGGCGCAAGGCACAAAAUUGUGAUAAGUAUCCAAAAGCUAAAAGAGAGGCAGAACCUCCUCAAGUCCUUGGAAAGGGACAUCCUAGAAGGAGGCAGCUUGCGCGUCCCUCUGCAGGAGCUCCACCAAAUGAUCCUCACCCCGAUCAAGGCCUACUCUUCGUGCAACCUGACGACGGACGAGCACGGCCGGGAUCCCGAGCCCCAUCGGCCGGCCUCACUGACCAGCCCGGACAGCCAAGGGUCGGAAUGCAAGGACUCCGCCUCCAGGGGGAUGCACCAUCACCACCUGCUGGGCUGCGAGGGAGAAUCCGGAGGGGCCCCUUUGCCGGAAGGCGACAUCCCGGGACAGUUUACAAAGGUGAUGGGGAAAGCGUGUACUCAGCUCCUCGUCUCCAGACCGGAUGAGGAGAACAUAAGCUCCUAUUUACGGCUGAUAGACAAAUGCCUAAUUCAUGAGGCCUUUACAGAGACACAGAAGAAGCGGCUGCUGUCAUGGAAACAGCAGGUGCAAAAACUCUUCCGGUCCUUCCCUCGGAAAUCCAUCCUAGACCUCUCGGGAUAUCGGCAGCAAAGAGCCCGAGGAUUCGGCCAGUCAAGCUCCUUACCAACAGCUGGAUCUGUCGGUGCAGGAAUGGGCAGGCGGAACCCCCGCCAGUUCCAGAUCCCCUCCCGGAACCUUCCCACCACCCGGCUGGGCCUGCUGGGCCCCAGCGGCCUUCUGGGAGCCGCCCAGCGCAGCACCGCCACCAACCCCACCAUCCUGAAGCAAGGGCGGCAGAACCUUUGGUUUGCAAAUCCCGGCGGGAGCAACAGCAUGCCCAGCAGAACCCACAGCUCGGUCCAGAGGACGCGCUCACUGCCGGUCCACACUUCUCCGCAGACGAUGCUCAUGUUUCAGCAGCCAGAGUUCCAGAUACCAGUAGGAGAACCCGACAUUAAUAACAGGCUGGAGUCCUUGUGCCUCAGUAUGACAGAACAUGCCCUGGGCGAUGGCGUCGACAGAACCUCGACCAUCUAGGUGACGGAGGAGUCUGCAGCGAGACCGCUGGCUAUGACGGAGCACCUGCUGCUGGACCAGUGGCAAACUGGGCAACGAGCUCCCCCUCCAUGCUCUGAGGA